AUGUCCAGCGUUGACGGUCAUGGAGUCACAUCUCCCAAUAUGCUGAAGCGGAAGAAGGAAGAUUGUGCAGAGGAGCAGUUAGAGGCAGAGAUAAAAAGAGUGGCCCUCGAAGAUGAUACUGAAUUAGCGGUUCUUGAGAAGGAUAAUGGAGCCACUGAAGCUAUUGAUGGUAAGGAGGCGGAAUUGAGCUCUGUAGAUGAGAAGGAGGACAGGGAAAGCGUCAGCCGACACGUCCAUCUGAGAAUGCUGUGUCUGGUGAAGCAAGCAUCGAUGAUAGUGGGCCACAAGGGAGAGAACAUCUCGAACAUCAAGGCAGCCACUUCGACAAGGAUCAAUGUCUCGGACAACGUGAGAGGAGUGCCCGAACGGGUGGUGUAUGUAAGGGGAACUUGCGAGAACGUUGCCAGGGCAUUUGGGAUGAUCGUCAGAUCGAUAAGUGAUAGGCAUGGGGAUGCGAUGUUUGAUGAGAAUAAGGUAUUGCACACGGUUAAUCUGUUGAUCUCGCAUCAUUUGAUGGGGUGUGUGAUCGGCAAGCAUGGGUCGCGUCUGAGGGAAAUCGAAGUAUUGAGCGCUGCCAGGUUGUCGGCGUCUCCGCAGCAGCUGAUAAUGUCGAAUGACCGCAUAUUGAGCAUUGUGGGUGUCGCGGAUGCUGUACACAUUGCCACUUACUACGUCGGGCAGACCAUAAUGAAUAGCAGCGAGAGCUUCAAGGCCAAGAAAGCGAUUUUUUAUCAGCCCAGUCCAGUGUACUCAGUGCUGGUGAACGGAGCCUCGCACGUAGGGUUCGUACAUCAAAAGCACCAUCAAUAUCAUCCGACAGACAAGUACACAAGCAGCCGCAACAACAAAAGAGUGUCAAGAUCAUCGCCGAUGACAACGCCUCAGUCGCUUCCGUCGACGGGCAGCGGGUCACCGGCGAUCUACACAGCAGCAGCAGCAAAUGCUACUGCGUUCACUCCAAAGUUUACAAUCCCCAACGUUCGUAUUGUCGAUGAGUCUGUCGCCACGGCAACUGCACAUAUGAUGACAAUAAUGGAACAGGAAAUAUACAUUGACGAGAAUUUCGUCGGCAACAUCAUAGGGAAGGAUGGGAAGCACAUAAACUCGAUCAAGGAGGCAACGGGAUGCUCGAUCUACAUCGCGGACCCAGUCAGCGGGUCUCCGGAGCGCAGGCUGACAGUCAAGGGCACCCCAAUGGGAUCCCAGGCAGCAAUCAUGCUUAUAAGCAACAAGAUUGAAAUCGACAAAGUAAAUAAGGAGAGGAAAAAGUGA